AUGACAAUACAAUGGCUGAAAUUAAUCGGCGCUGUGACAUGGCUGGUGGUGGCCUAUCCGUUGUAUCAGUGCACCUACCAGCUGCUUUUCGACCAUCUCUCAUCGGAGAUAGAUGGGAUCAAGUUCCUGGAUCGCAAUGCCUUGUGGCUGGACGUGGGCUUGAAGCUCUUCUUCUUCGCUUCUGGAUGGCAGGCCGUUAUGGAUGCGCUCGUGCUGGCGCAGGAAGGAAGUAACCGUCUAGCAAGAGAGGCGCUCAUGCUGGGCCCUGACAGAUAUGAGGACCUCUAUUUCUACUUCACGACCCUGGGCAAGGACAACUUCUUCCCCGGUCUGGCGAGGGGCGGUUCAACAGACAUGUCCCAGCUCGACGCCAUUGUGUCCAAGAGCCGGACGAUGCGUAGUCUCUCCGGGAUGGCACUAGUGGCCCGAACCGUGAUCACCACUGGAGGCAUGUACUUGAACCUCAAGUCAUUGCCUCCGCGCCAUCCACAAGAGCCCUUGAAUCAGAUGCGAUAUUAUGUGGCCUAUUUCGAGCUGAUUGCCCUUGGCUGGUUUUGGAGUGUUCUCGUCUACAGGUUACUCAUGUGGACGCAAACACCCAAAAUCUCAUACAUGGGCGUCCUGAUUGCCAAUGCUAUGGAAGACGUUGCGAGCUGGUCGUGCAUGCAGCUCCUGCGCAAUGUUGCCAUGGCGCGGCUUUCGCGUCGUGUUACGAAGGUGAUGAAGGAAAGUAAGAGAUUCUUCAACCCGAAUAUGCAGUACGUCGCGGGGGUCUUCGAGGCCCUUGGUUAUGUUGCUGGAGGCGUCUUCGGCAUUAUUGUUCUGGCCAUCAAGACAACCCAAAUCGAGUUCGUGUCGAAGGUUAUCGUGGUGGACUUCUCACUGCAACAGUGGUUCAGACUUGUCAGCUUUGCCAUGUCUAUGGUUUCGAUUUUCAACCUGGAAGAGGAAAGACGGUUUGCGGUGCAAAGAUUUCUCCUGCAUCCGUUUGAGGACAGUUGCACAGGAGGUCAACUCCCUCCACCCAUCUUCCUUGCUUGGGAGCAAAAGCUGGCUGCGCAGAUCUCGGCAACGCAGGGCUUCUGGACAAGCUUCUUCUUCAUGGCCACUUUGACGGCUGAUGACUACCAAAAGCUCCUCCUUCCACAAAUGGAAGACGAGGAAGCGCCGCCAGCUCUUCUACAUGAGUUGUUGACUGCCCACUUGCUGAGCAAGGAGCGGGGCCAGCAAGCACUCUCAUUGGGAAUGAGCGAGGCGGAGCUAGAAUCGGCGCAGAAGUGGGCCGCUGGCGAGACCUCUCCGGCAGCCUACUUCGCCACGCUCCCACUCGACUACCGAAAGCUUAAGAGGACUGGCUGA